CUUUGUGUUUUUGUGGAGCUACACGUGUUGUCUGUUGUGCUUUAAGCCUCCUCAAGUCAGUGGGGGAUGAUGCAAUUUCUCACUUGAUUUAAUUUAAGUUUGGUGCCUUCUUAGGUGUUACUUUUGGCAGAAGUAGAAAUUACAAGAUACGAUCAUGGUUUGAAGAACAGAUUGAGUAAGUGAGCAAGGGCAGCGAACAAGCAAGUCCCGUCUUUUUAGCAUUUUAAUUUUGAGAAUCUACCAGCCAACUAGCUUUUGAUGUCUUCAACAACACUUCCAUCUUUUGUUAAGAAAUUGUUUUCCAAGUACUUGUUGGUUACAAACACUGUGACAUGUUGUUCACUACUGGGUGUAGGCGACCUCAUAGAACAAACCAGAGAGAUAAGACGAAACAAGAAGAACGAUGUAGCCCAGGGUAAACUGCACUCAAGUCACAGCUACGAUUGGAAGAGGACAGGUCGAAUGGCUGCAAUAGGCUUCAUGCUUGGACCGAUCAACCACUAUUGGUAUUUGUACUUAGAUCGGUUUUUACCUGGAACAUCUGGGAGAAUGGUGCUCAAGAAGAUUUUGCUGGACCAGAUUGUGGCUGCUCCCUUCUUUAAUGCAAGUUUUAUUAUUGGGAUAGGUGUCUUAGAAGGUAAACCACUAAGUGAAAACAUCGAAAACUUCAAAUGCAAAUUCCCAACUCUCUAUCUGAUGGACUGGUGCUUUUGGCCUGCUGUUCAAGCUAUUAACUUCACAUUUAUCCCGUCGUAUCUACGUGUCACCUACGUCAACAUCAUAACACUUGGUUGGGAUGCGGUGCUAUCAUACGUCCAGUACGGCAUGAAUCCUAAAAAAGAUGAAGAUAUGAAAUUAUUAUAGAACUUUCUUCUGUUCACCUUUUUGAUUAUGCAAAUCAUCUUCUUUAGAGUUUUUUUUUUUCUCGCAAGUUUAUUUUCUAAACAAACUUCAGAGGAGGGUAGGAAAAGAAUAUAAUUAGAUUCAGCAAAAUAGUUUUGCUAUCAUGAACCUAGGUGGAGAAAAUAAAUAUUUUAAAUUGCAUAUGUUAAUUGAAUAAAAUAAUGUAUCUCAUGUAAAAAGUAAUUGAUUGUGCUCCUAUGCCCUUCUAAAUAUCCUACCGUGGGAUAUCCUAUAAAGAAUACCUUGUGGGUAAUCUAAUCGGUAAUUGGAAUCGAAUCUGAAUCUGAAAUGCUAUAUUUAAAAAAUUCUGUGUAAAAACAAAAAUUAAAUCGCAAAUAUAGGAAAAAAUGUAAUAAUGAUUAUCAGUAGUGUAUUCAUGAAAAAAAGGUGUAGUGGAAAAUUCUUUCCUUAAAGGGGGAAAAUAUAUUUUUGCAAAAACAAAAAAAAAGCUGAUCCAUCACGAUUUUGGGUCAGGAGAAAUUGCUAUUAUUAUGUUAAAAUCAUAAAACUUUCAAGUGAAAGAAAAAUUGCAUACUGAUAAAUUUCAGCAGUACCAUACUUGAUAAUUUUUUUUGCCAAAAUAGGUUUUAAAAAUUUGUUUUCAUUCAAUGGCAUUCUGGAAUUAGUAUUGUAAAAAUUGGUUAAUGUCAUUUUAACAGAGUGUUCAGUACUCUACCUUUGAUACAGCUGCUGGUCACACAGGGGUCGAUUUUUCAAUACAAAUCUCGUUACCUCAGUAAUCAUCUUAUUACAAUGCAAUAUAUGUAUUUAUUACUUAUUUAAUAAUGUAUAAUUAUUGCACGUUUUAAUGCAAAAAAAUAUGAAUGGAAAUUUGAAUCUAGGUGCUUUUAUUUAAGAGUGACUUGAUGUGGUUUUAAAGUAGUUCAGAUACAGUUAUAAUGCAUAGAAAUUCUGACAAUACUGUUCCAAAGACCCAUGUGUUGUGGGAGUGGUAAUAGUGUGAACUUGUGUAGCACUGUUUAAUGAUUUGCCUACUUAUUAAUAGUACUGUAGCCGGGUUUCCAUGCCUUAAAUUCGGGUUACUUACUAUUUUAUGAGUGCGUGCCAUGUUAUAUUCAUUUGGGGUCCCAUACCUGGAUUUUUUAUUCCGUCUCUAAAUUAACUUACUCGUUGGUGGGGCUGUCCAGAAUGUGCAAAGAAAAAAAAAAGUAAGGAACUUUUGACACGUCUCAGUUAUUAGCUGAUUAACUGGAGUACAGCCUAGACCAUUUGAAAAUAUACUGAAAUAAAUUGUGAAUUGCGGAUACUGAAUAUUAAAUUCAUUUCGUAUUCUGAUGUUACAUUUUUUAAAUGUUAUCAAGAAAUUCACAACAUAAUUUUUAUGAUGAAAGUACUAUAAAUGUUUAAAAAACAUUUGCCCAUAUAUGGUCAUGAUGUGCCCAUUUAAUAUGGUCAUGAUGUGAUAUUAUUAUGACCAUAUUUUAAUAGGCAUGUUAUAUGUUUUUGUCAACAUAAAAUUUGAUAAUGUCAGUAGGCUGGACAGGUCUUUAACAGGAAGUGUCUAUGAAGAUAAUCACAUCUCUUCUCUUUUUGGAUGGAUGAAAUGUGUAUAAAGUUUUUGAUUAUGUGUGUGAACAAUCUGUAGUUAGUAAUAUGCAAGUCUGGGAUACUGUAGGAUUAUGCUAGGCACGCUGCAGUGAUUUACUGGCAGUAGGGGGGGAGGGGUGGCAUGCUUCCUAUCUAGUGAAUGAUUUAGGCUCACCGGUGAAGUUGUGUACUUACAUGCUCUGGUCCUUGGGGUUACUGUAUUUCCAAUCUUCAACAGGUCUACAUUAGGCCUAUUCAAUACAUGCAAAUCUAAUGUGUGAUAUUAUACAGGAGCAUUUCAUCGUUACCAGAUGAUGUAUUCACAUAUCUUUUAAUUUAUACAGUAUACCAGUGACUGAAUAUAUAUCAUUCAAUUAAAAGGUCAAAUUGUAAUGUACUGAAAUAUCAAACACCAGUAUUACCAGUAGGCACAGACUUAAGAAGCUGUACUUUAUUUUGGCCUAAAAGGAUUCUGAUUAAUUAUCGAUGCAUAAUAAAGUAAAAUGUACAA